AUGGCUGACGGUGUUUUCCAAGGUGCUAUUGGUAUCGAUCUUGGUACUACUUACUCCUGUGUUGCUACAUACGACUCUGCUGUCGAAAUCAUCGCUAACGAACAGGGUAACAGAGUUACUCCUUCGUUCGUCGCUUUCACUCCUGAGGAGAGACUGAUUGGUGACGCUGCCAAGAACCAGGCUGCUUUGAACCCAAAGAACACGGUUUUCGAUGCUAAGAGACUGAUCGGUAGAGCUUUCUCUGACGAGUCUGUGCAGAAGGACAUCAAGUCGUGGCCAUUCAAGGUUAUCGACGACAACGGCAACCCAAAGAUUGAGGUUGAGUACUUGGGUGAGACCAAGACUUUCUCUCCACAGGAGAUCUCUUCUAUGGUUUUGACCAAGAUGAAGGAGAUCGCUGAGGCUAAGAUUGGCCAAAAGGUUGAGAAGGCCGUCGUUACCGUUCCAGCUUACUUCAACGACGCUCAGAGACAAGCCACCAAGGACGCUGGUGCCAUUGCUGGCCUGAACGUGCUGAGAAUCAUCAACGAGCCUACCGCUGCUGCCAUUGCUUACGGACUUGGUGCUGGUAAGUCCGACCAAGAGAAGCACAUUCUGAUCUUCGACCUUGGUGGAGGAACUUUCGAUGUUUCUCUGCUGCACAUUGCUGGUGGUGUCUUCACCGUCAAGGCUACUGCCGGUGACACUCACUUGGGUGGUCAAGAUUUCGAUACCAACCUCCUAGAGCACUUCAAGAAGGAGUUCCAAAAGAAGACUGGUUUGGACAUCUCCGGUGACGCCAGAGCUCUGAGAAGACUCAGAACCGCCUGUGAGAGAGCUAAGAGAACUCUUUCUUCCGUCACCCAGACCACCGUCGAGGUCGACUCCCUGUUCGAGGGUGAGGACUUCUCUGCCAACAUCACCAGAGCCAGAUUCGAGGACAUCAACUCUGCUCUGUUCAAGUCCACCUUGACUCCUGUUGAGCAAGUUCUGAAGGACGCCAAGCUCGACAAGUCCCAGGUCAACGAGGUUGUCCUUGUUGGUGGUUCCACCAGAAUUCCAAAGGUCCAAAAGCUGUUGUCUGACUUCUUCGACGGUAAACAACUCGAGAAGUCCAUCAACCCAGAUGAGGCCGUUGCCUACGGUGCUGCCGUUCAAGGUGCCAUCUUGACCGGCCAGUCCACCUCUGACGAGACCAAGGACCUGCUGUUGUUGGAUGUCAUCCCACUCUCGCUUGGUGUUGCUAUGCAAGGUAACGUCUUUGCUCCAGUUGUUCCAAGAAACACCACUGUGCCAACCAUCAAGAGAAGAACCUUCACCACUGUUGAGGACCACCAGACCACCGUCCAGUUCCCAGUGUACCAGGGUGAGAGAGUCAACUGUGCCGAGAACACUCUGCUGGGUGAGUUCGACCUCAAGAACAUCCCACCAAUGCCAGCUGGAGAGCCAGUUCUGGAGGCCAUUUUCGAGGUCGACGCCAACGGUAUCCUGAAGGUCACUGCUGUCGAGAAGUCCACCGGUAGAUCUGCCAACAUCACCAUCUCCAACUCCGUCGGUAGAUUGUCCACCUCUGAGAUUGAGAAGAUGAUCAACGAGGCUGACAAGUUCAAGAAAGCCGACGAGGAGUUCUCCAAGAAGCACGAGCAAAAGCAGAGACUCGAGUCGUACGUCUCUUCCAUCGAGGCUACCGUCACCGACCCAGUCCUGUCUGCUAAGAUGAAGAAGGGUGCUAAGGACAAGGUUGAGGCUGCUCUGUCUGAGGCUCUGGCUGCUCUUGAGAUCGAGGACUCUUCUGCUGACGACCUGAGAAAGGCUGAGCUGUCGCUGAAGAGAGUGGUCACCAAGGCCAUGGCUACUCGUUAA